UGCUGCUGCUUCGGUUCUGAUCAGCUGGUCUGGCCGGGUCUGGUUCUGCACACGGAACCGGGAACCUGGACUAGAACCUGGAACCUGGAACCAGAAACCUGGAACCGGGACUAGAACCCGGAACCUGGACUAGAAACUGGACUAAACCCGGACUAGACCCUGAACCUGAACCAGAACCUGGACCAGAAGGAGCUGCGGAUGCCGUCGGCUCCGCGCAGGCGCAGGAAGGAGCAGGUGAUGCCGCCCACCCGGAUGAAGCUCCGCGUCCGUCGCCGUGACAACGCGGCGGCGGCGCUAGCGGCCGCGGAGGAGGAGGAGGAGGAGGGGGCGGGGGGGCGGAGCCGGGACAGCAGGAGGCGGAGCAACCGCAAGAAGAAGAACCCUUCCAAGAUGGCCGCCACCGCCGCGGCCUCGCCCCCCGCUAGCGCCGCGGCACCGCCGCCGCCGGAGGCGUCGCCCGACUCCAAGUGCCCGAUCUGCCUGGACCGCUUCAGCAACCUGGCGUACCUGGAGCGCUGCCUGCACCGCUUCUGCUUCCGCUGCAUCCAGGAGUGGUCGCGCAGCAAGGCCGAGUGCCCGCUGUGCAAGCAGCCGUUCGCCUCCAUCCUGCACUCGGUGCGCGCCGAGGACGACUUCAAGGAGUACACGCUGCUAGCGCCGCCGCCGCCGCCGGUGGCCGCCGGAAACGUAGCGGCCACGGUGGCCAUGGUGGCCGCCGUGGCAUCGGCGGCCUCCGCGGCGCGCAGCGACCGCAGCAUGAGGCUGAUGCUGCGGCGGCGGCGCGGCGGCGGCGUGGCCGAGGGCGGCGCGGAACCGCUGUCGCCACGGCGGCGGCGGCGCAGGGUUUGGGAGUGGUACCUGGAUGGAAACCCCGCCCCCAACCUGGACGACAGCGAGGAUGAGGAGCCGGAGGAGCCGGUGGAGCGCGGCGUUAUCUUCGAGGGGCUAACGGCGCUCGGCGGCCACGACCGGGCGUCGCGCCGCCUCAUGGCGAGGCUAGCGGCGCGGCGGCGGCUGCAGCGCGAGGGCGGCGCCGUGCGGCGGCUGAGGGAGCGCGAGAUGCUAGCGUUCCGCCGCGCCCUCUACCGCUGCGGCGUGCGGGUGCGCGGCGUCGUCGGGGGCGACGCGGCGGCGGAAGGCUUCCGCCUCGACCCCGCCCACCUCGGCAGGCUCCGCCCCUGGCUGCGGCGGGAGCUGACGGUGCUGUACGGAGGCCACGCCUCCCUGGUGGACGUGGUGCAACGCGUCGUGGAGGCGCGGCUAGCGCGCCGCGGCCUGGAGGACUCCGCCGCCGCCGAGGAGGAGCUCCGCCCCUUCCUGCUGGCGCGCACCGGCCACUUCCUGCACGAGCUGGCCAGCUUCGCCGCGUCGGCGCUCAGCCUGGAGGCGUACGACCUGGCGGCGGUGUACGAGCCGCCCGCGGGAGCUAGCGCUGGACGGGCGGCGCCACCGCCGCCGCUCCUCGUCCUCCUCCAGCUCCGUCAUCGCCAUCUCCGAGGGCGAGGAGGGGGCGGCGCCCUCGCGGGCCCCAGCGAUGACGUCAUCAUCGCCGCGGGGAGCCCCUCCCCCGCGGCAUUCUGGGACGGCGAGGCGGCGGCGGCUGGCCCCUCCCACUCCGGCGGCGAGCCGGCGGAGGACGAGUGUCUGAUCGUCGGCUACAAGAAGCCGAUGGCGGAGCGGACGCCGGAGCUGGUGCAGCUGUCGUCCGACAGCGACGGGGAGGGGCCUGUGGCCCCGCCCACCCCCUCCCUGGCCCUGGCCCCGCCCCCCUCCACGUCCGCCGCCGUCAGGGACGAGCCGGACGCCCGGCGGUGGUCGGGUAGCUCGGUGUGCUCGCUGAGCCCGGCACCGGCGGCGGCUCCGCCCACGCCAGGUGAAGCCACGCCCAUACGGGAUGAAGCCACGCCCACCCAGGGCCAGGCCACGCCCACGCAGGAGACGAGGCGGCGCUGCCGCCGGAAGGAGGCGCGGGAGCGUGAGCGCAGCGGCGUGCUGGGAAACCCCAACCGUAGCAUCUUCCCCGCCAUGAUGCUGACGCGGCGCCGCUCGCCGUCGCCGCCGUUCCCCUCCGGCGACGACUCGGCGUCGUCGCCGUCCAGCUGGGGGCGGAGCCACGUCUGGGGGCGGAGCCACCGCGUCUCGCCGCCGCCCCCGUCGUCCCCCGACGGCUCCUCGCCAUCCCGCUGCUCCUCCUCCCCUCCGCCGCCACCGCGGACGCCGCCGGCGUCGGCGGAGAAGCCCGGCGGGAAGAGGAAGUACAAGAGCCGCCACCUGGACGACGGGGGCGGAGCCUGGCGGGCGAGCGACGCGCGGAGAGAGAGGAGGAAGACGGGGAGGAAGGCAGCGCCGGCGGAGGGAGGAGAGAGCAGCAGCCGGAGGCCGAGGGCCGACCGGAGGUCGAGGUCCGACCGGAGCCCCAGCGUGGAGAUCGUCUACGAGGGAACUGUCACGGCCAGCGACGCCGCGCAGCCGCUAACGCACAAGCGCCGCCGGAAACGCCGCCGCCGGGCCCUUCAGGGCAGUUCGCCCGUCAUCAUUACGCUGGACAGCGACAGCAGCCGCGGCGGCGCUAGCGGCAGCAGCACGCCGCUCAGCAGCCAGCAGACCGUCGACUUCUCGGACCUGCCGCCGCUGCCGCGGGCCCCGCCCCCCCUGGCCCUAGAGCUGCCCGCCCACAUCCUGGACGAGGACUCGGGUCGCGGCGGCGUCGACGUCGUUAGCGGCGACAGCGACCUGGAGCUGCUAGCCGCCAUCAUCGGCCAGCUGGAGCGGUUCGACCCGCCGGACCCCCGUGCCCUGUUCUGCCCCGGUUCUGGUGACGCCCCCCCCGUCCUGAAGCGGGCCAGUCCGGUCCGGGCCCUCGGCCGGAACACGCCGCCGCCGCUAAAGCACAAGGACGCACGGAGCCCCGGGUCUGGUGCCGGGUCUGGUACCGGGUCGUCAGGAACCAGGUCUGGUACCGGGUCAUCAGGAACCGGGUCUGGUACCGGGUCAUCAGGAACCACGUCUGGUACCGGGUCAUCAGGAACCGGGUCUGGUACCAGGUCUGGUACCGGGUCAUCAGGAACCGGGUCUGGUGCCGGGUCUGGUACCGGGUCAUCAGGAACCGGGUCUGGUACCGGGUCAUCAGGAACCGGGUCUGGUACCGGGUCAUCAGGAACCGGGUCUGGUACCGGGUCUGGUACCGGGUCAUCAGGAACCGGGUCUGGUACCGGGUCGGGGGCCAUCCCACCCAUCACCGCCCUCAAGAGACAUUUCCCAAGAGCCCCGGCGGACCAGAACCAGAACCCCCCGGACCAGAACCGGUUCCCUGAACUGGACUUGAUUGGUUCCGGUUCCGCCGGUUCUCCUUCAGAACCCGGCUGGUUCUCCGAAGGUUCGUUUCUGACCCCCAAGCCCCGCCCCCCCGCUCUAGCUCCGCCCACCACGGACAGUCUGGCUCCGCCCACUAGUGCCGCUCUGGCCCCGCCCACUAGUGCCGCUCUGGCUCCGCCCACUAGUGCCGCUCUGGCUCCGCCCACUAGUGACGCUCUGGCUCCGCCCACUAGUGCCGCUCUGGCUCCGCCCACUAGUGACGCUCUGGCUCCGCCCACUAGUGACGCUCUGGCUCCGCCCACUAGUGCCGCUCUGGCUCCGCCCACUAGUGCCGCUCUAGCUCCGCCCACUAGUGCCGCUCUGGCUCCGCCCACUAGUGACGGUUUAGCUCCGCCCACUAGUGCCGCUCUGGCUCCGCCCACUAGUGAUGCUCUGGCUCCGCCCACUAGUGCCGCUCUGGCUCCGCCCACUAGUGACGGUUUAGCUCCGCCCACUAGUGCCGCUCUGGCUCCGCCCACUAGUAACGCUCUGGCUCCGCCCACUAGUGACGGUUUAGCUCCGCCCACUAGUGACACUCUGGCUCCGCCCACUAGUGACGGUUUAGCUCCGCCCACUAGUGCCGCUCUGGCUCCGCCCACUAGUGCCGCUCUGGCUCCGCCCACUAGUGCCGCUCUGGCUCCGCCCACUAGUGCCGCUCUGGCUCCGCCCUCCUCCGACGGUUUAGCUCCGCCCACUAGUGACGGUUUAGCUCUGCCCACCACGAACAGCUGCUUCAACGCCAAAAACCACGUCAUUAAUUUCCGCGAGGCCCCGCCUCUCAGCCACGCCCACUCCUAUAACCACGCCCCCUUUUAUAACACGUGA